AUUUGUCUUAAAACAAGAAUAAAUCAACAUAGUUUCUGCAUAUAUUAUGGCUUGUUUCUUAGUUGGACACAUGUAGCAAAUAGAAUACUACAAUGAUAUAAUUAUUGCUUCUAAUGUUGUCUACUGCAGAAACACAAAAAACAAGCGCAAAUGCAAUAGAGUGCUUCGGGGGAUACUCAAGUCUACAAAGACAAGCACAAGAAACAUAGCAACAAAAUUGCAGUGAACUUAUCUGAAUCGAAUUGAUGUUCUCUUCAUCCUUGAAUAAACGAAAAUGGUCGAUUCCUCACAUCAAUUCCACGAGGAGCAAAAUAAGAAACUCUCCGAGGAGUUAUAAUUACCUGUUCUAGUUAAAAAAAAUCCAUAGGAUCGUAAAAGAAUCCAUUAGUCCCUCAUUUAUAAGUAGUUCAUCUGAGUGGUUACAUACGCGAUUCUUGAAUGCAGAUGUGACAAGGAGGGCGAAGAUUGUAUCAAAGAUGAGUUCGAUCACAAAAUUCUUUUGUGCCUUGUCUAAGCUGAGGGGGUGGCAUUGGAGUUGGAUAUAGCCAAUGCAGAAGGCAGGCCUUCGAACAGGGACGCAAAUGAAAUGACUGAUUCAAGAGCCACUUCUCUAUACUCCAUGAGUUCUAUUGUGCUUGCUCACAAAACUGAAACUUGACGGCAUAGCCACUAGAUUUUAGAUGAAGCAGUGAUGGAGAGAGACAUUUUUCAGGGGAAGCAACUAAUAAUGAUCUUAGAUAGUGUUAGGACAGUGGAGAAUCUAUGAAGUUGGAAGCGAGAAAUGAGCUGAGCAAAGGAGACACUCGUGCACAGACCGUGUCUAGCUCCCCAGCCAACCACAUGCCCGUGCAAGGACUUGAGUCUCUGCCACCAAUUCAGCUAGUAAGACACGGCCCGUGUGCAACAAACCAGAGAGGCAGGACACAUGGCCCGUGUGGAAGCAAGCAGGGAAGCCAAGUACAGCAGAGAGGAAACAAGCAAAGAAGAAAGGCAGAGAAACGUUUUCCAUUAACGAGCGCAUUUCAAAUUAGUUGGUUAUUCCAUCAGCUUCAGUUGGGGCUGUUCCUGAGCAACCUCCUGAUUAUGCACAACUACACGAAGGGAGAGGGCAUCCGCAACACGACAGAGUACAUGGUGGAAGUGGCGAUGGCGGGCCUUGAGGUGGACCCUAACAUCUUCCUCGAGAUCCACUUCCCAAAUGCCAAGGUGCCUAAACAAUGCCAGGAGACAGAACACGACCCGCCGGAUGCUAGCACUGUCCACGCUCAGCAAGCAACAUGAGCCUAGUGGAAGGCUCGAUCGAUCUUGGCCACGUUGGCUUUAGGCAUGUCAGUCACAACGUGAACUCACUCCUCUAAGAGGAAUUCUCAAUCAUUUCGAGGAAUUCUCAAUAAGAGGAAUUUUGUGUUCGUGCGUGCGUGUGUGUGUGAGAGAGAGAGAGAGAGUGCAU